UGGAGGGCGGGGCCAGCGCGGGGACUUCCCCAGGGCUGAGCUGCGCAGCGGGGUUUUGGCCAAAUUGGGCGAGGGCACAAAAUAACCACUUACCCCUUCUCACCGAGGAAGAACGGGAGAAAGGGUAUGGCACAGUCGCAAGGCUGGGUGAGAAGAUACUUCAAGGCCUUCUGUAAAGGCUUUUUUGUGGCGGUGCCCGUGGCUGUGACUUUCCUGGAUCGGGUGGCCUGUGUGGCCAGAGUGGAGGGAGCGUCAAUGCAGCCUUCUUUGAAUCCUGGGGGGAGCCAAUCAUCUGAUGUGGUCCUUUUGAACCACUGGAAAGUGAGGAAUUUUGAAGUACAGCGUGGUGACAUUGUGUCAUUGGUGUCCCCUAAAAACCCAGAACAGAAGAUCAUUAAAAGAGUGAUUGCUCUUGAAGGAGAUAUUGUCAAAACUAUGGGACACAAAAACCGGUAUGUCAAAGUUCCCCGGGGUCACAUCUGGGUUGAAGGUGAUCAUCAUGGACACAGUUUUGACAGUAAUUCUUUUGGGCCGAGUUCUUCUGCUUCAGUCUCUCUCUCCACUGUUGGCUGUGAAGUUCCCUACAUCAUGCUGCUGCUCUCAGGUUUAGGCUUUCCUGUUUCCUUAGGACUUCUGCAUGCCCAUGCUACACAUAUCCUGUGGCCUCCAGAGCGCUGGCAGAAAUUGGAAUCUGUUCUUCCUCCAGAGCGCCUACUAGUUCAGAGCGCAGCAGAAUGAUGGCAUGGGUCUCCCUCAGCUGCUGACAUUGGGAGACCAACACCACCAAUCACAGGAAAAGAGAUGGAGAGGAUGAACCUUCAAAAGGGCAAAGCUUGUUUCAAAUGAGAUGAUUUAUAUUAUUAAACAGUAUUAAAUAUCAAUUGAUUUUGUGCUUAAUUGUAAUACCCUAUUGUUUAAUGCCAAAAAAUUGCAGACCUUUGGAAAUAGGAAAAUCUUUUUCCCAGUUCUUACAGGGGAUAAAUUUGAGAAUCUUUGUAUGUAUACUUAUCCCAUUGAUGGGUUUUAAUUUUGGUGCUUGCUGGUGAAAGAAUAUGAAAAUUAAUAUUUGAUGAAAGUAAUUAAGUAAUGUCACUUAAGAUGAAACAUAUAGUGAGGAAAAUUAUAUCAUGUGACCAUAUUUACAAUGCAGUGACCGACAGGAGGAACAGUAAACUGUGAUGUAAAAAUAAAAUACUGAUUUGCUCAGGUACUGUUUUUGGGUAUUUAUCAUUUAACCUGUAUCUCCAUUAAUGAGGAAUAUAUUAUAUUGUUCUUGGAAACAAGGAAUUAAUGUAAUGGAGAACCAAUUCUAUCAAUACUUCCAUACAAGUAAACCUUUCUUACUGGCCCUUUUUAAAUCCAAAACUUCUGAGUGAUCUCAUGCCUGUUCACACUGAUGAAUAAACUUAUUGAUCAGUAUUCA